UUUGGGCUUGAUGUGUCCACGACCUUAGCAAGUGUGGGAAUUCUGGUUUCUCGUGGUACACAUUGAUGAUGAAUCCUAUUGCCCCAGCCCCUCUUCCUGUACUCCCCCCAGUUGCCGCACCCCCUAUGCUAGUGGGACUUCCUCACCUUGCGGCCCCUGGGGCCAUCCCUGCUGUUGCCCCUGCAGUUGUUAUGCCCCAAGCAGUGCCACCCAUGCCGGAGGCAAUUGGACAACCCAAUAAUACAAUAUAUAUCAACAAUUUAAAUGAAAAGAUCAAACGCGAUGAACUAAAGAAAUCACUUUACGCUGUUUUCGUUCAAUUUGGUCAAAUAUUAGAUAUAAUUACAUGUAAGUUCUGUAUUACCAGCUUUGGUUCUUUAGAGUUCGAUGAUAUUUAAUUAGUUUAAUCCUACUGAAAAGUAAAAUGCCAAUAUACAUAUAUAUGUGCACACAGUGGCUUCAUGUGCCUUACGGAUACACAAUUUUUCUCGUAGAUACAUCCCAUCGCAGAAUAAUCAAGAUUUUGUGCAUUUGGCGGUGGUAAACAAUAAUUUUGCGUAGCAGAACAGUCAGAUGAAUCACCUAAAGUACCAUACUUGCACGUCAAAAACAUAUAUACAUGAAACUCGUGGGAACCUUGCAUAAGUUUUACUCAUUUUUCAGUGGAAUUACUGUCACGAACAUUAAAAAUGCGUGGACAAGCUUUUGUUGUCUUCGAUGAUGUCAAUAGCGCGUCAACAGCACUUAGAGCUAUGCAAGGCUUUCCGUUAUAUGAAAAACCAAUGCGAAUUCAUUUUGCCAAAGUGGAUUCUGAUGUCAUCGCUAAACGCAAGGGUACAUUCAUCCAACGACCGAAAGCUGCAUCAAGAGCAGCUGCGGCUGCGGCUGCGGCCGCCGCUGCAGAAGCUGCAGCAUCAGCUGCUGCAAUAAACUCCGCUGGUCCUCAAGGUGGUACCAGUGCCAGGGCUAUUCGUAGGAGGCAACAAAGAGCAGCUGCUGCGGCAGCGGCAGCAGCAGCCACUGCGGCAGCCAGCGGUGAUACCGGCAAUGAAACACAGUCGAAUGGUGGGGAUCAGCAGAACAGUGAAUAUCGGCCUAUUCCUCCGCCUCCACCACCACCUCCUGCUGCUAUCAAUCCAGCCACUAUACCAGAUCAACCACCGAAUAAAAUUCUCUUCUUAACUAAUCUACCCGAUGAUUCUGAUGAAGCAAUGCUAAGUAUGCUAUUCGGUCAAUUCACUGGUUAUCGUGAAGUGCGUAUGGUCCCAGGGCGGCAUGAUAUCGCAUUUGUUGAAUUCGGCAAUGAAGUGGAAGCGUCAGCUGCAAAACUUGGCCUUCAAGGUUUCAAUAUUCGACCGGGUAAACCGAUACGCAUUACAUUUGCUAAAAAAUGAAGAGCUCGUUUGCAGUCAUUUCUGUGUGACAUUCAACUAUUGAAAUUCAUUAUUUUAUACAUGUACAUGUUUCGAGUUUAAUAAUAAUAAUAACAAUAAUAGAAUUGAAAACCUAUUCGGUCGUUUAUGACUUUUGUUUUGCAUAAAUAUCAUACUGUGAUGUUUAUUGAAUUGUAUGACUGUCGGGAAUGAUUGUUGGUUUUUGUUGUUCUAC